AAUUUCAAUAGAAGAACAGAGCUUUCAUGUGAAAAAUAAAGAUGAAUUAUUAUGUAAAGUGCCAGAGAAUGUGGAUGAUUUUGAUAGAGAGAGCAUUCAUGAUCCAUUUUGUGAACCACUUUAUGCCUAUGACAUUUUCAAAUACUAUAAAGAAAGAGAGUCUGAAUUUAAAUUGAAAAAAUAUAUGGAAUGCCAACCAGAUUUAUCAAAAUCUAUGAGAGCCAUAUUAAUAGAUUGGAUGGUUGAAGUACAAGAAAACUUUGAAUUAUAUCAUGAAACACUCUAUCUUGCCAUCAAAUUAGUAGAUCAUUAUUUAAUGAGAAAGACUGUGCCAAAAUUUUUGUUGCAGUUAGUUGGUUCAACAGCUCUUUUUAUUGCUUGUAAAUACGAUGAGCAGCGUCCGCCACUGAUUGAUGAUUUUCUCUACAUCUGUGAUGAUGCUUACAGUCGUAAAGAGCUUAUUGCAAUGGAAAGAAACAUUUUGAAAGAAUUAGACUUUAAUCUUGGCAUUCCAUUAUCUUAUAGAUUUUUACGUCGUUAUGCAAGAGUGAGUAUUAAUCUCUAA